AUGAGGGCAGGCCGAGACCGCCUGACCAUCGUCACCGACGAGGUCAUGGCCCUGCCUCACGUCGUAUAUAGCAUCGCCCAGUACGCGCGCACCGACCGCACCACCAUCUUCAAUCUCAUGCGCACCAACCGCAAUCUCUACGCCCUAGUUGGCCCCGUACUCUACGACACCGUCGCCGUUUGGGAGAACAACUUCGAUUCCUUCUUUCACGGCGCUUUCAAUCGCUCUACGGACGAUCACUCAGCUUACGGCUCUCCAAUCUGCAACCUCGUCGACAAUGUCACGGGGGAACACGUCAAGUUUCCCGAAUUCGAGAAUAAGGCCCCUUUCCGCACGUACUGGUCUGGCCGUUACACGGCUGGAACCACCCUCCCUCUCAGCAAGAGGGAGCUGCUCAGCUUCGUCCGCGUGCUGACGCUGGGCUCGCACCAUUCAUUCAGCUGCGCGGUGUGGUACACCUCGUUCCGCAAAUAUGUGACCAACGUCGAAGUGUUCCGCAUCGUCGAUACUCCCGUGCACGAUGGCGUCACCGCCCCCAUCUGCAGCAGCCCUGACAGCGACACGGGCGUACCCGAAACCCCGUGUCCCAUUAUCAGCGCUAUCAACCCCCGCAAGCUCGUCCUGCGCAAUCUCUCGCACCGCUCGCUCCCCUUCCCGCCCCUCUGGUCGCUGAACAGCAACACAAAGGAGGUCGUCUUCAUAAUCCCCACCGUUGAGGCGUACUUGCAUGACCGUACCAACCUGGCCUGGUCGUUCAACGGGCAGUUCCAUGGAGCCGACCUGAUCAAGAUCGUCUUCUGGCCCGAGUGGGACCACGACCUCGCCACCUAUGCCGAGGCGGGAUUCGUGCUGAAGUCUGACCUCAAGCCUCUUCCGUACCUGGUCAACCGUCACCGUGCCAUGCCGGCCGACACUGCCGGAAUCCUCGUGGCCAUGUGCAAGGGCACGCGUGCGAAGCAGGAUUUCUGGCGCGCGCUGCCGGGCCCCGGGGAACGCAUGCCCCGCGUCCAGUUCUAUGGCAUCGGCUCGCUCAACCUUGCCGCGACGAGGUACAGGCUGAUCCAGUACCAGUUCUCCGUCGUCAAUCCGGGAGUUCAGGUGCCCGACCUGCACACGCUGGUGAAGCGCGAGGCCAUCCGUACCGAUAGCUGGUACGUCGUGGGGACACCUGCUACGAGGAGCAUGCCAAUCAUGAUGCAGACCUGCCCCGACGUAGUGCUGUACACGAUUGAAAACUAUCUGCGUGGACAGCGUGAGGCCGAGAUCUCGCAAUGGGACUAA